AUUCUGCAACAGCUAAGUGAAGACUUUUCAGAAGAAAAUUCAGAUCAUUGCAGGAAAACUCGGAUAUUACAGUAUGUCUGCGACUAGAUCUACUGUGUUGGUGAUCGUAGGUGAAAUUUUGUCCCCUCAACACAAGGAUUUAGUUUUGGAGCAGUUGACAAAAGGAUUCAAGUCCUGGGAUGUUGCAGCUACAGGGUGUGCCAUAAAUGAGGAACUCAACAAUUUGGUUGCAGAGAACCCCAAAGGAGAACAGGGAGCAUGUGGAGAAACGGUGAUCCACUAUGAGGGCGCCACCGCAACUUUCGACAUCCUCAUCAACCCACCAAUCGCAGUCGUCAAACAGACCCUCAAGGCCGUUCUUGCAAUACCUAGCAACCAUCGCCAUAUUGUUUUUGCUGGGCAUGCAUUUACCGGCACUGGAGCCUGGAUCUUGCAGGAUGAUGUUUUUAAGUAUGAGGAUUUCGUCCAGGCUACCAAAGAUGGUCAAGUACAAAAUAAUGUUAAACAAAACGGUGGUUCCAUGACGAUACAGGCUUUUAAAGAAGGAAAUUGGAAUACUGAGCACUUUGCUAAAACAGAGAUCGGAAAGUCACUCAAAGUGACUGUGAAUGCAGGAGAGACAUUGACUGAUUUAAGUGGCGUUCUUCAAUUAACCGCUUUCAUAGGGGACAGUCUUAACCCUUUGGAGGCCCAAGAGUUGUUAAAAUCAUCCCAAGUAGUCGGAAACAUUCGCUUUAGUAGACCCACCCUCUAUAUAUUCCCAGGCGCAGAGGGGGACUCCUCUAUGUUUGGAAUUAGUGGAUUCAAUUUGCUAAUAGAUGGUGGCUACAGCAAGAAAUCAUCAUUUUGGGACUUUACACGUCACAUUGAUAGAGUCGAUGCAAUUCUCAUGACUCACAUCGGUGCAGAUAAUUUAUUUGGAAUAAGCAGCCUAGUACAGAAGAAAACCACUGAAAUUGUCCACCCUGAGAUUGGAUUUAUGUACUUUAAUGCACCGGAAAAAGCCAAACAUUCCCCUAAUGGUGAUAGCCACCCUGAGAAUGGUGGCACAAUGAAGCCACCGAGCUUACUCGUGAAUCUGGUAGAGGAGGGCAACAGGAUCAUUGAAAAUCUCUCCGUUCUUGGUCAAGCUCCCCACCCUUGUGUCUCAACAGUUGCUGCAGGUCAAAUUGAGCCCAUUAAUCUCUACCAUAAAGUCGGCCACGGGUCUCUAGACAUGUAUAUUCUCAAUCCUCCCAAAGAUAGCAAAGAGAUGAAAGAUUUUUACCAACAGUGGAACAAGCAUGUCAACCAUUUCGCAGUACAGAAAUCCGGUAUGCCGCUUCCUAAUAUGCUCUCCAUUUGUGCUCUGUUGGUGUGGCGGCCCUCAGCGAAAGCCGAUAAAAUCACAAGGCUUCUGUUCCCUGGUGAUGCUCCUCAGAAUAGAAUAUUUGAAGGCCUCGAUAAAUUGAAGAAUCUUAAUAUACUUCAACAUCCCCAAUGCUGUGACCUUGAUUUGAGUGGCAAAGCUAAAAAGGUUACUGUCGGGAAACCUGCCAGAGCUCCUGUUACCAAAUCAGCGCCAGCUAAACGUCCAAGUCCCGACAUUAAGCCUGAACCCAAACAAAAUGGAACAAAGCCGAUAGGUAGAUCUGCCACCAAGCCUCCACAGAAAAUAGCCAAAGAUGAUCAUAAUAAGAAGAAAGAGCCAGGAAAGGAAAAGAAAGAUAAAAGCAAGUCGCCAGCAUCCACCCCAAGUUCAAGCAGUAAGAGCCCUGUAAAGGAGGUUCCAGAUCUUGUUCAAGUCAAAAAGGAAGUUGUCACUCCAGUAGCAGAACCUGUUCCUGUUGCUGAAAUAAAACAAGAGGUGGCAACUCCAAAUCCUGAAGAUUCACUUAUGCCAGUGAAUGAUAUGUCUCCGAUUGAGCCUGUUAAAUUAGUAGAUGCUCCUGCAGAAUCCACUCCACUUGAGGUAAACAAAGCUCCUACUCCACCCAUUGAUGAUGUCUCUGAGCCACUACUCAAUAUUGCCAAUAAAGAUCCUAGUCCUGAACCAGAGCCAGCAAGAGAACCAACACCCGAACCACCAAAGGAGCCAAGUCCCCCACCUAAAGCCCCAAGCCCUGAGCCAUUAAUUGAAACCACACCUACAUUACCACCUGUGGAAGGUCUCCUAGAUUUCAGCCAACCUUCACAACAGGAGACAACUUCUGAUGAACAACCCAUUGAUGCUGCCGAAAGCAAUAAAGCACCAGAAGUUGAAUCUGCUCCCCAGACAUCUAAUGAAUUCCCUGCAGAAACUGCCAAGUCUGAUCCUGUUCAUAUUGAUUCUCCUGAACCUCUGCCUGACCCAAUAGAGUACCCCCCUGUGUCUCAACAAGAGGAGGUCCCGCUUCUUGAACCCACUAAGGAUCUUGUAGAGGAUCCAGAGAAGGAUGUAGAUACAACUGAACUAGAGGACAGCCUAGAACCUAAACCACCUGGUGCGAGUAUUAUGACAGAUAGUCUCGAGCCCCAAGAACAAGAUGAUGAACCUGUCAUGGAGGGCAUUAAAUCUGUAUGUGAAGAGCCCGUUAAACUAAUGGAAGGUGUCCCUGUUGAAGCUUGCUAUCAAGAAACAAGAGAAAAGACAUAUGAGGAAAUGGGCAUUUAUGAUGAUGAUGCUGUUGGAACACAACCAACCAUUGAGACCAGUCCUAAAGAACCUGAAGUAGAAAAGAUCCAAGAACAGGCACCUGCUCAGACACUUGAGGACCUUGGUAUAUAUGAUAAUGAUGCUGAAGAUGAGCCAGUCAGGGAGGCAAGUCCUAAAGAACCUGAAAUUGCUGAAGAAGCAGAAAGUCAAGAACAGGCCCUGGAAUCACCAGAACAGCCACCCGCCCAAACCCUUGAGGACCUUGGUAUUUAUGAUAAAGAACCUGAAAUUGCCCAAGAAGCAGAAACACAAAAACAGGCCAUGGAAACACCAGAACAGCCAACUGCCCAAACCCUUGAGGACCUUGGUAUCUAUGAAAAAGAACCAGAAACACAAGAACAGGCCCUGGAAGCACCAGAAAAGAUUCCUGCCCAAACACUUGAGGACCUUGGUGUUUAUGAUAAAGAUCCUGAAAUUGCCCAAGAAGCAGAAACACAAGAACAGGCCAUGGAAGCAGCAGAAAAGGCUCCUGCCCAAACACUUGAGGAUCUUGGUGUCUAUGAUGAUGAAUCACCAGCAGUGUCAUCAGAACAUGAGCCACCAUCUGAGGAAUCUGGUGUAUAUGAUAAUGAAGCAGACCUUGCUGUUGCUGGCCAGGUCCUCAACCAACUGGUAGAUGUUGCAAGUGAUGUGCCUGCUAAUGAGGGGCAACUACAAGAAGAACCUCUGCAGUCAAAUCCUGAACCCCAACAACCAGAUUUUGAUUCCAAAUCCAGUGAUAAAAAAGCCCUUGAAGAUCUAGGUAUCUACGAUGAUGAUGCUGAUGUCAAGCCUCAAGCUGAUGUUGAACCAAUUGUUGAACGUGAAGCAAGUCCAGCAAGUGAACCACAUUCCCCAGAUGAAGAUCUUACACUAGAUGAGCCAGAGCAUGAUGAUCAGCUAGCAUUUGAACGGGACUCCAUUGAGAAAGAGGUGAUCAAACGUAACCCAGCUCCACCAACUAGCCAAUCCAUGGAAGUGAAUGGUUCAUCUGGAUCCACCUCACCUGACGGGGCCCCCUUGUUGGAUCUUGGUGCCCCAACUGCCCCUCAACCUGAUGUGAUCCAGCCUCCCACUGGGAACCUCCUCGACAACUGGGGUGAGCCCCAAGGCCUACCACCAGCUAACCUGUCUGUCUCUGAUGACUCAUCACCAUAUUCUGAUUCUGACUCCCCACCAUUGACCGAGCAAGAUAUUACACCUGAUCAACCUAACAAUCCAUUUGAUGUCAUAAAGGAUGGUGAUGUCAGUGAGCAGAUGCCAUCAACAAAUCCAUUUGUUGGUCUAGAAGAGAAAGUACUCCAACCAGAUGUUGUACCCCAGUGUAGCUCUAACCCAUUUGAUGAUAUUCCCACAGGAGGUUCUUUCCCACAACACAAUGGGGCCCAAAAUGUAGAUGACAACAGCUUUGAUCCAUUAAAGGAAUGGGGUGAACCCAUGAACCUUCCUGCCCCAACCCCUGGUGCUAAUACCACAAAGAAAUCCUCUGCCCCUAAGAAAGCAGAUCCGAAGAAACCUGCAGGCUCAGCUAAGGCAGCUGAUGCCACCAAGAAGCCUAUAAAGAAGGAACCAGGUACUGAACCCAAAACCAAACCUGGUAGAAGAUCUGAACCAGUCGCAGCUAGGAAACCUGCUGUCCCAACAGCCCUAAAGAAAGGCAGAGCCUCAACUCCUGGCAAUGAUGUUCCAACACCUGCUGCCACCAAGAGAGCUGCCACAGCUAAGCCAGCAGCUACUUCUGCAAGUAAACCAACACCAUCUAAGGCAGCUUCCAAGCGCCCUGCAACUGCCCCAGCUAAAUCAGCACCAGCAAAAUCCCCCUCCUUGGCUCCAGUAACUCCUGUCUACAUUGACCUAGCGUAUGUUCCAUCUCACGGAAACCCAAACCACACAGACCUAGAUUUCUUCAGACGUGUUCGUGCCAGGCAUUACGUCAUCAGUAGUCUAGAACCCAGCACAAAAACCAUGGCAGCCAUCUUGGAUGCUAAGGCAACUUGGGAAAACAAAGAGCUAGAAGUCACAAUAAUUCCGACAUAUGAUAAUGAUGCAUUGCGUCAUUGGAUGAGCCUAGAAAAGGACAGAUUAAGCGAAUUAAAGGUAGAUUUAGCGCCAUCAGCUAGUCGGUGUACAAUACAGCUACAAGAUCAUGAAACCAGUUGCGCCGCCUAUAGGCUGGAAUUCUAAAUUCUGACUAGUUUCUUAAUGACAGACAAUUGCUGUGGCUUCAGUUUUAUCUUGAUGUAAUAUAUCAUUUUAAAGCCAUGGUAUGAUGACCCAAUAGGGGUGAAAGGACAGGACAUGUACAGUAAGUUAUAGACCAUUAGACAGACAAUGUAGGGAUUCCAAAGUAAAGAACAGAUUGUUAUUUUCAGUGACACGAUAAGCAUAUAGCAAUUAGUGUGAUUCAAAAUACAUGAAGCUGAUAGUGUGACAUAAAAAGCGUGAAACUGUCGCUGAUAGUGUGACAAAAUAAGUGUGAUACUGCCGUUGUGAUUUUAAAACUGAAAACAUAGGAUGAGAAACAGUGAACUUGAAUUCGGAAGAAUAACCCACGAAGCAUCGAUUAAUGUAUACCGACACAGGGUAGUGAAACUGUUGUAUUAUGCAACACGCAAAAAGUCACUACAGAUAUUGUAUCGAUACAAUAAAUGAUACAGAGGAAGUUUAUGCAAGUGACUCCCAAUCAGAUUUGAACUCCAGUCUAACUUGCCCAGUGCUAAUGACAUUGAAGAUGGGGACAGUGAUCCGGGUGAAACAAAUACAUUUCGAUACGUGUGAAUUAUAAUAUAUCACCAGUACACUUAUAUAUGAUGUAUGAUAGUGUAACACAGUUCACAGUUAAGCAGAUAAUAUGGUUUUGUUGAAUGAAAUAAAUUUUUAAGAAUGCAUGAUACGAAUGAUACACUAUAAUGUUAGUAUUAUUAGCAAAGAUAAUACAGAUGGAAUAAUUAUUUAGUAAUUAGCUCAUUUUUUACGAGGAGAAACAUUGUAUCUCGCUACAAUGAUGGUGUGUUAUUAAAGGCAUUUGCACAGAUAUUUUUAAGUGAGAGUUUUUUUACUUAAGAUGAAUGAUUGAAUGUUUGUGAAAAUAUGGACUGUGACAAAAGACGACUCUGUAGAAUGAGAUUUGAAGCAAGCAUGGGGCAGGUGACUAAAAUACAGUCACUAAAUUUGGGUAACUUCAACAAGCUAUUAAAUUCAACCUAUCGCAAAUGUUAAAUUAAAUUCAAUGGUGACUUCUAUUUAUCCAAUAUAACAUAACUAAAAUUUAAAUCAUCCUGGGUCUAAAUUCAACCCAGUGACUUGUAUUUACAUUUAUGUCACUUUUAGGGAUCAAGUCAAUAUUUCAAUGUUAACCGGGUAUUUAAAAUUGAUGUGUUCCGACAGAAAUGUUACCC